AUGCAAAAUUUAUUAUGUAAUAAAAAAAUUAUUAAUAAAAUUAAUAUUUUAUGUUUUAUAGAUAAUUAUAGUAUAUUUAGUAAAAAUAGUAAAGAAUAUAAAGAAAUUUUUAAAUUUAUGUAUGUAUUAACAAAUCAAAAACCAUUAUUUUUAAAUUAUAAAUUAAAUAUUAAUAAGUUUUUUAUGGCUAAAGUUCUUUUGGUAAAUAAGUAUAAAAUUAAUUGUUUUUUAUUAGAAUUAUUUAAAAAUAUAACUUUAUUUAAUUUUAAUAGAAAUUUAAAAAAUAUUAAAUUUUAUAAAUUUGAUAAAUUUUUUAAUUUUAAUAUAUAUAUAAAUAAUAGUAAAUUUAAUUUUUUUACAGAUAAGUAUAAUUUAAAUGAUAAAUUUAAUUUUAAAAAUAUAAAUUUUAUUAUAAAUAUUAUAUUUAAAAAUAAUAUAAAUAAUAAAUAUAGAUUAUAUUAUUUAAUUAAAAAUAAUUUUAAAAUAAUUAAUUAA